AGCCCCUAGUAGCACGUCACUAUAGCCGAAAUAUCAAGCCCGCUUUAGUCCCAUACCACAAGGGUGGACUCAAGGCUGUACAAUUAGGAUUUCAAGAAUUCGGUCUAAACGUUUCGAAAACAACAACAAAUAUACUUAGAUCUUUAAGCUUAUCGAAGCCUAAUCCGGAUGAAUCGAUGGGUAAACGUAAGAAUAAUAGACAAACCAGAGAGAAACAUUUUAUAGAGCGUGAAUUACUUAAACGAAAACAAUUGAAAAAGUUAUAUGCGGAGGCGGGGUCUUCUAUAAGCUUAAUAAAUGGUGGCGAUACAAGAAAUUCUAGUCGUAGCAGUUUAGCAAGUGUUAGUAGUGAUGGUCGAACUAGUAUAGAUGGUCGAACUAGUAUCGAUGGUCGAACUAGUAUAGAUACAGGAGUAACAAGAAAUUCAGUCGAUGCGAGUUUUGUUAGUGUUGAAGUAGAACGUAGGGGUAGUAUGGAUAGUAAUUUUGGAGUUUAUGGUAAGGAAAGUCCCGUAGGGCUGUCUGUCGAGGCAAGGGAAAA